CCGGGUUGAUCUCGGCCCUUUCGUCCUCAUUGCAUAGCGUAAUCUUGACUUCGUUCGUCUUCCACAAUCGUUAGAACCCACUCGCUCCAUCUCCAGCACGGCCACCAUGCUCGUCUCCAGCUUUUCCCCGAUGGCCAUGACCGCACUGGCUCUUAUCGUAGGCUCUUCCGUGGCCGAGCCCUUGCGGCAGCCCUACAGAGCCAGCACGGCUGCGAGGAUGUCAGUCCGGCAGGCCAUGGGCUUUGGCCUCGGACGGCGGUCGUCUGCCGACUCUGGCUACACGCCGGCCGACCAGUUCUGUGGUGCCGGCGACACCUGCCCGGAAGCCUGUGGCGCAAACUACCAGACCUGUGCCUCGACCGACAACCAAGUCCACUGCUUCGACCCCAGCGUCAAGCAGACCUGCUGCCCGAACGGCAGCGGAGAUGCUUGUGAUGCUGGUUUCUUCUGCUCGGCCGACGCCAAGGGUGCAACCUGGUGCUGCCCAGACAGCAUGACUCUCGAGCAGUGUGCUCAGGCAUACGGCCUCCCCGGGGUGCUCACCUCGGACUCUGUGCCCACCAGCACGCCGGCUCCCGCCCCAGCUCCUCCUCCUACCAGCAACGACAUCGGCCUACCUACGACCACCACCAACACAGCGGCCAACACGGCGGCUCCGGUGCUGCCUCCACCGGCAAGCACACCUUCCGACGCUGCGCCGACAAGCCAGAUCUUCGUCGAGACCUCUGCCAGCACCGGCACGGGCGGCGGAGCCCACGGGCCGUCCACAUGCCAGACUCUGACGUCGUCGGAAAUCAUUCCGUCCGUCAUUACCCCGGACGAGUCCGCCGCCAGCACCACUCCCACCUCCAUUCUACUCACGGCACCGCCGUUAAGCACAACCUCGACCAUCCUCAUCCCGGCACCCACAGUCAGACCGUCCUCCUCCUCCACGGCACCAGGCACCGGCGUGGCGGUCCCGACACCCUCGUCCAACGUGCCCAUUGCGGCAGCAAACAGUAGAUGGUCUCAGAUGGGUGGCUCUGGAGUCGGCACUGGGCUUCUUGCGGCCGUAGGUGUGGCAGUUGUUAUGGUGCUAUAGACAAAAGUACACAUUGUGUGCGUGGUUUCUAUGACGUUCUUCUUUGUUGCACAGGGUACUUUUUCUCUCUCUGCAUUUCCACUGUUGUAUAACUAUAGACUGCUCGGAUGGC